CGCGUCGCUCGCCAUGGCUCUCCCCGUCAUCACCAUCGACGUCGACUAUACUGCGGAGAAAGACCGCAUCAAGCAGUUCCUCUCAACAUUCACCUCCCAAGACAAGGACCUCGUCGAUGGCUUCGCAGACAUCGCCCUCGGAGACGAGGGUGACGCGCCAACCAGGACAAAGAAUGUCAAAUACAUGCAGCAGCUGCAAAGAAUAGCCAACCGAGAGCAAGAGAUGCUUAUUAUUGACUUGGAAGAUAUUUCAGAGCAUGAGCGUACUGUCGCGGAGCUGGUAUCCAGAAUUCGCCGAAAUGCACGCCGUUAUAUCGCGCUCUUCAGCGAGGUCGUCGACCAGCUCAUGCCUCUGCCAACAAAGGAUAUCAGCGAGCACGACGAAGUCAUCGACGUCAUCCUUCAUCAGCGUAGAGAGCGUAACGAGCGCACAGAAGGGACGCAGGAAGGCUUUCCAGACCAUCUGUUGAGGCGAUACAACCUGUACUUCCAACCUCUGAAGUCCGACAUCGCAAUGGCAGUUCGCGACGUGAAGGGCACGCAUCUCGGUAGACUCAUCACCGUACGUGGGAUCGUCACUCGCGUCUCGGAAGUCAAGCCCCUCCUGCGGGUAAACGCGUAUACUUGCGACGUUUGCGGCUCCGAGACCUUUCAAGACAUCUCGCGAAAGGAUUUCCAGCCCAUCCUCGACUGCCAGAACGAGUCGGAAUGCAAGAAGAACGGCAUUCACGGCACCCUACACAUGCAAACGCGUGCAUGUCGCUUCAGCCCUUUCCAGGAAGUGAAGAUCCAGGAGAUGGCAGACCAAGUACCCGUAGGACACAUUCCACGUUCGAUGACCGUGCAUAUCCACGGUUCCCUUACGCGUCAGAUGAGCCCUGGCGAUAUUGUUCACCUCGGAGGUAUUUUCCUGCCCAUCCCGUAUACGGGCUACCAGGCCAUUCGCGCCGGCCUUCUCACCGACACCUAUCUGGAGGCUCACCACAUCAACCAGCUCAAGAAACAGUACAGCGCCAUGGAGAUUACACCUGAGAUCCAGCGUGCUAUCGACGGCUUGCGCGACGAUCCACAGCUAUACAUGAAACUUGCUCAGAGUAUCGCUCCGGAAAUCUAUGGCCAUUUGGACGUCAAGAAGGCUUUGCUUCUUCUCCUUGUUGGCGGUGUCACGAAAGCUAUGGGCGACGGCAUGAAGAUUCGUGGGGACAUCAACGUCUGCCUCAUGGGAGACCCCGGUGUAGCCAAGUCGCAGCUCCUCAAGUACAUCACCAAGGUCGCUCCUCGCGGAGUGUAUACCACCGGUCGUGGUUCGUCGGGCGUCGGCUUGACUGCUGCCGUCAUGCGCGACCCAGUUACCGACGAGAUGGUUCUUGAGGGCGGCGCUCUCGUUCUUGCUGACAACGGCAUCUGUUGUAUCGAUGAGUUCGACAAGAUGGAAGAGUCCGACCGUACCGCCAUCCACGAAGUCAUGGAACAGCAGACCAUCUCCAUUUCCAAAGCGGGCAUCUCCACUACGCUGAACGCGCGCACUUCCAUUCUCGCCGCCGCCAACCCUCUAUACGGCCGGUACAACCCAAAGAUUUCCCCAGUGGAGAAUAUCAACUUGCCCGCGGCGCUUCUCUCGCGUUUCGACCUGCUCUUCCUCAUCCUUGACAAGCCGACCCGCGAAGACGACGAGCACCUGGCGGAGCACGUCACAUACGUGCAUAUGCACAACACUCAUCCCGAUUUCGAUUUCGAGCUCAUCGAGCCGACCCUCAUGCGGCACUACAUCGCUCGCGCCCGCGAGCACCGCCCGACCGUCCCCGCGGAAGUGUCGAACUACAUCGUUGAGACCUACGUGCGCCUGCGCAAGGUCGGGAAGGAGGACGAGGCGCAGAAGAAGUCGCACACCUACACCUCCGCGCGAACGCUCCUCGGCGUGCUCCGCCUCGCCCAGGCUCUGGCGCGUCUCCGCUUCUCGAACGAGGUCGCACACGCGGACGUCGACGAGGCGCUGCGCCUCAUGGAGGUGAGCAAGCGCAGCCUCGUCGAGGACGAAGACGAGGGCCACGACCACGACCGCUCGGACGUCAGCAAGAUCUUCCGUCUCAUCAAGGAGAUGUCGAAGCAGGCGCAGUCGGGGAAGAAGGGCCGCAAGGCACGAGGCGCGCGGAGGUUCGGACGUGGCCCUGGGGGCGAGCGCGAGAUGGACGUGGACAGCGAGGAGGAAGAGGACACGGACGAGCUGUCUAUGGUCGACAUUCGGUCGCGUGUGCUCACGAACGGCUUCACGGAAGCGCAGCUCAUGGAGACCAUUCUCGAGUACGAAAGCCUCGACGUCUGGACGCGCGUGGCGAACAACUCAAAACUGCGUUUCAUCGAGAGCGCGUAGAGCGGCUGCGCUCCGUAUUCCAUCGGUCCCAUCUCUUUCCAUAUCGUGUAGGUUAUCUCUGCAUCCCGCUGUUCUCGAUGUUGUCCUUGUCCGUGUACUAUUAUGUAGCUUAUAAAUACUAUCCAUCCAUCCCGCAUGAGUGCUGAGGAGUACAAACCGCCGAUGCAAUAAACGUCUAGCUAGCUGUGGAACGAACGACCAAGAACGCAUACUCGUACUACCGCGUCUCUGACGCAUGCUCCCAGCUGCUUCCGCUGCCACUCCCGCUCCCCGGGCUGUCCGCGCGCAGCUUCUCAUCCUCUACAGGAGAGUCGGGUUCGUCCCGAUAGCGCGCGUGCUUCGGCGAGCCGCCUGCAGUAGGCGGGUCGUCGUCCUCCAGGAACCCGGAGUGCAGACCCGUCUCGAGACCCGGCGAGAUAGUGUGCGGCCGCAGCGCGGUCUCCUCGUCCGCGUCCUCGUCGUCCGAGACCUCCCCGAAGGCGUCGUAGAGCUCCUUGGUCUGGCGCGGGCCCCGCGGCCCGGAGCCCCGGGCGUCGAGCGAGCCCAUCGCGACGUCGUCGCGCGCGGACAAGGUAGAGUAGUUCGCGCGGCGUCUACGGAGUAUCGCACGCCGCCAGAAGAACACGCCGACGCCAAUGCCGAAGACCGCGACCGCGCCAAUCGCGACGAAGAACCACAUCUGGUUCUCCACGAGCUUCGAGAGGUCGGAGAACCAGCCCUCGUCGGGCGUGGCCGAGAUGCUGGGAGCAGCGGUGGCGGACGACUCUGCGAUGUCCUCGGCCGCCUUGGUUGGCUCGCCGGAAGAGGUGGCGGACGGGAAUGCGGGCUUGUGGUUCUCGCCCUCUGCAUCGCCGUGAUCGCCGGGCAGGUGCUCUGUGGGUCGGGUGAGGGUCUUCGAGCUCGUGCUCUCGGGGACGGCGGUGGUGGAGGUGGCGGGUUCAUCAAUGGCUGCGGGUACGGGAGGGAGGACAUCCUCGACUACCGGGACCUGGUAGACUUUGAUGUCCUUGCCGGCGUCCAUGACGGAUCCCCAGACAGACAUAGUCCAUCCCAAAAACACACCGCUUUCAUCCUCUUUCCGCUGGUCACUGACACGGAUGGUCCACUCUCCCAGUGGGUCCUCGUCCCAGUGCUUCACGGUCAUGAAAGUCCAUCCAGGAUAUCCAGUCUUGGCGUUGUCGCUGUUGCGUCUGGCGGCCAAGAUGCUCCGGAUGCCAUGUGGACUGAUCAGCUCGACCUCGACAUCCCCGCGGCGCGUGUGGGUAAUCCAGACUUUGACGGUGAUGUGCUCCAGCUUCUCGAAGUUGUGCUCGUCCAACAUCUCACGGGUGAUCGUAAGCUUGCUCUCGACGCCAUCGGGAAGGAUAGGUUGGCCUCCUUGCGCCUUCUCGUCCGCGUCCAUGGUACCGUUGUUGAGCUGCACCACCGGCAGAUCGAUCCAUCCCUGCGGCUUGACGGGUUGCCAAUCCUGAGCCGCCUUGACGAACUCGUAUCCGUUGAGGCUUCCAAAGCCAUACUUGUAGCUGUACAUCCUUCCGGAUGCAGUGGACUCCCAGUCCGGAUCAUCGGGGUUGACCUGGAGCGCAGUUCGAACACACAGGUGUUGUAUAUCACGCCAACUGAGGUCAGGACGAGCCUGCAAAGCCAGAGCAAAGACGCCGGCUGCAUUUGGCGCAGCAGCGGAAGUCCCACCAUGCGAAUGCGAGCACUUGUUCUUGCCUCGAUCAGUGGUAGUGAUGUGGUUUCCGCUUCCAGACGUAUAUGCCACAAUCAUAUUCGCAGCACACGCCUCGGAGUAUUCGGGAUGAAAGCCUUUGAAGUCGAUGGCCGCAACCGUGACCGAGAAGAUACUGUUCGUGUAGCCGUCGAAGUUGCACUGGUCGCCGCUGCGUCCGCCAUUCCCGCUCGCGAAGACAAAGACCGAGCCCUUGCCUGCCCGGCCUUGCUGGAUGCCAUUCACCAUGGCCUUCUUGAUCAGGUAACCGGGUCCCUCCAUGGACCUUCCGUCAUCCGGGGGUCCCCAGCUGCAGGAGUAGAUCGAAGUGUUCUGGUAGUCGUAGUUCAAGGCAGCAGCCUCGUCGAUGUCCGAAAUUGGGCCCGAGAGGAUCCGGAUGCCAGCGACCAGGGAAUCGUACGCGAGACCAACUCCACAGACGUCGUUCUUCACAGCAGCGAUCUGACCUGCACAGCGGGUGCCGUGAUGGUCAUCGAAGAGGACAGGUGUCGGCAGCGCGGUAUGAUCGUUGUAAUCAUAUGACCCGUACGCAUAGAAGUUUGCAGCCAGGUCGUCGCUGGUGUAGUCCAACCCGUCGUCUACGAGUGCAGUGAUGACGCCCUUACCCGUGAUCCCCAUAUCCCACAGCGGUGUGACGUUCAUCAUAUGUUCCGGAAAGUCAUCGUUGACAAUGUGCCAUUGCCGCGUAAACUCGGGAUCAUGGACACCAAGACGCUGAGCGGCGGCCGCAGAGGAUUCGUGGUCUUCUGGCGGCCGUAUAGGUGGGGGCGCGCGCUUCACGCGUUGGCGGAGGGUCUGCGGGAACACAUUCCUGACCGCCGAAGCUACUCGUCGUCUUUGGAGGGCCUCUUCGGACCUGUGGGAUACGUGCGAAGAGUCUGCGGAUCGCCGGAGGCCGUCUAACGAGCGUAGGAUGGGAUCCGAGUCCCGCUUCUCGAGGCCUUUGGGUAUCCGCACUAGCCAGUGGUUCAAAAGCUCGCCCGCCCGGUCAACAACCUCGACGCCCAGCGUCCCCGCACACUCGGCCAGCGAAGCACCUGCCAGAGGGUUGUGUUCCAAGACAUAGUAAUCAUGGGUGUCAUAGUGCCGCUUUACGGGCGCAAGGGCGAGGACCGACUGGAUGGCCAGAAAGAGAGAGAGCGGGAGACGCAUUUGGCGUCGGGGUGCAGCAAGCCGUGCUGCGCGAGGAAGAGAAGAGAGGAAGAAAGCGAGAGAG